AUGACUACGGCAAAAUUAAUAAGGUUGACAGCUAAAAUCGGUAUGUUUAUAGAUUAUGAUUUCAGACGUUACCACGAAAACCCUUCUUUAUGGUUUGAAAUAUAUGAUUUUGAUUCGGAUUCAUGGACUACUCUUGAUAUCACCCCACACUGGCUUAUAAUAAUAUCUAUCCAUGGCGUUUCUGUCAAAGGAAACACUUAUUGGGGUGUUGCUGGAAGAAAUGCUUACGCACUCAUUAAUCAUAUAAUCUGUUUUGAUUUUACAAGAGAGAGAUUUGGACCGCAUCUUCCUUUGCCGAUUAAGGCUUGGAGUGCACAAUGUGUGUCACUAUCUUCCGUUAAAGAAGAGAAGAUCACGGCUUUACUUCAACGAAGCGAAACAUACAAUAAGCUUGAGAUAUGGAUUACGACUAAGAUUGAGGCCAACGAUGUGUCGUGGAUCAAUCUAUUCACGAUGGAUACAUCAUCCAUUGAGAUGUUUUCAUUUAAGAGUUUCUUUGUUGACGAAGAGAAAAAAGUUGCUGUGUUUUUAGGUAGAGAAGAAGAAGAUAUAUACGGCCUUAUAACUCACGAAACUAUUGAUGUCAUUGGCGAAGCUGGAUGCUUGAAGAAAUUGGUUCUUGGUGAACCUGAAGACAAAAAUUGUUGGCCACUUGUGUGCUCUUAUGUUCCAAGUACGGUGCAAAUCAAGCAACAUGAAGUAGGCACAAGGAAAGAACAAAGCUAUUAG